AUGGCUCCUGGAUUCGCGGACUCCUUCUGGUCAGGAGAUUACGCAGGAGGCCUCGGCGUACUCUUUGGCAAGCUUCAGCAAGGCGUCGCGGAAAAUGAACAGGUUCUUACCAUCGCGCGGAUGCGAGCUGAAGCAGAAGACAUAUAUGGGAUGCGCUUGGGCGAGAUUGGGGCUGCUACAGACAAGAUCCAGGGUGGCUUCAAUCGCGACGAUGGUGCCAGUGUUCGAAAGGCAUACGAUGGAGUGCGAACAGAGAUGGACGAGGCCGCGAAGAGCCACCGGAGAAUCGCCCAAAGCAUUCGAGACCUCGUCGUGACCCCUUUUACAAGAUGGUGCGAUGCGCAUGCUGCCCGAGUUCAGAAUUCGCAAGACGAUCUGCAAGCACGGAUAAAGGUUCACGACAAGCAAGCCGAGCUGGUAAAGAAACUGCGAAGCCAAUACUUCAACAAAUGCCGCCUGGUGGAAGAUAUCGAGGAGGAGAAUAAGCUGGCAUUUCAAAGUCCAGAAACGAGCCCAAAGCCAAAAAUUCCAGAGAUCAAAGUGCAGGAUAAGGAAGAAGAGGAAGAGCCCCUGGAGAUCGCCGAUGAGGUCUACCAACCAGAGCAAGUCAAGAAGAUCCUAACACACAUCCUGAAUACCGUCAAACUCGGCGAAACGAAGGUUCCUAUACUCGGUACAUAUCAGAACACCACAUCUGGAGCGGAUAUCGUGGACUACCUGCAAAAGCAUAUGGGAGCAACAAGCGUGAGCCACGCGGAGCGUAUCGGGCAAGAUCUGAUCACCCAUGGCUUUCUACGCCUCGUUGGCAAUGUUGGCAGUAUCUUCGCAAAUAGCUCCAAGAUGUUUUACCAAUGGAAGACGAAGGCCUUCCAGUUGACUGGAAUUCCAGAAAAGAAGCGGCCCAUGACCCGCUCCUUUUCAGUCCAAUCCACCGAUACUGUAGAUUCUCCGGUCAUGGGAACAGUGAGCGAGUAUCUGGCAGGAUGGAAUGUUUUAAACACCACACGUCCAAACGAGACGCCAAGUGAUCGACUUCGCAGAGAAGCUGCAGAGGCCGAUGAAAAAUACAAGGUUGCUGUACGCAGGCUGGAUGAGCUUCGCUGCCAACUCGAAGAAGCUAUCUUUGAGCACCUGAAAUUCCUGGAGCGAUGCGAGCUUGACCGGUUGAAGGCAAUCAAGACUAUCAUUCUAGAUUUCUCGGGCACAAUCAGUAAUGUCAUCCCAAGCCUGCAGUCCACCGUUGACAAGAUGAUGCUUUACCAAGAGACUGUACAGCCACUUGGGGACCUUCGGUAUCUUCUGGAAAACUAUCGUACUGGUGGCUUCAUCCCCAAAGUCACUGUUUAUGAAAACUACUACAACUCGGCCGAUGAGCAGACUUUCGGUGUUGAUCUCGAGGCACGAGCACGAGCGGAUAGGAAGCGGGUGCCUGCAAUCAUCACCUCGAUCCUCACCUUCUUGGACAAUCGAUACCCAGACCUCGAGGGCGAUGAGGCUCGACGAGGCGUCUGGCUGGUUGAAGUUCCACUUCAGCAAACCCACCGCUUAAGAUCUGUGCUCAAUACCGGAAAACCUUUCUCCCUCGAUAUCCUGGAUCAAUUCGAAAUCCCCAUUAUUGCUAGCGUCCUCAAAUUGUACUUGUUAGAACUACCAGACUCCUUGGUCUCGUCACACGUUUAUGAAAUUAUGAAAACCAUAUACAACACCCCAGCUGCCGACUCGAGCGAGUCGACCCGCAUCUCCGUCCUUCAGAACACCCUUAGUCAACUACGCCUGUCAAAUAUCGCAACAUUAGAUGCGCUGAUGACACACUUUACCCGACUUAUCGAGCUCACAUCGGCCGACGAUGCCUAUGUUGCUGCUCUGGCUACCUCUCUCGCACCCUGCAUAUUGCGGCCAAAGACGGAGACCUCAAUGACAAUGGAAGAGAAAUUCUCCUACCGCCUCAUCCGCGAUCUUCUCGCUCACAAAGAAGCCAUAUUCACGGAACUGAAACGAGCCGCAGCUUCGCUCAGUCACAGCGGUAGCGUCACGCAGCGACCCCGUGCCGUUAGCACCGACGAAAGCAACCGAAAAGCCAACAUGGAAGCACGUUCUCGCGCAAUCAUUGCUGCGGGCGGUACACGAAGCAGAGCAACAAGCCCGCAGCCCACUCCUAGCCGUGGUGGCCACCGUCGAGAUCGUAGCUCAGGGCCGGCAGAAACCAGAUUCCCGAUCGUAGCCUCGCCAACCACGUCAGACCAAACGAGACAUACAAGAACCGCCACCAAUCCGAGUACCAGACACAGUCUCGAGGUACCUGACACUCCACCCAAGAUGGCUGUUGAAACAUUCAAUGGGACAGCAUCGGCAACGGUGCCUAUGAAAUCCCUGACUAAUGGCUCUGGGGGAAAGAGUAUCACGAGUGCUACCUAUAUGCCCGGCAUGGAUGAUGGAAUCGACGGACCUGUGAUUGAGGACGCUGGUGUAGAAAAGCGAAACAGUCUCGGGCGAUCGGGAGCCACCAGCGGAAACAGAUUCUCAGGCGGCAAGCCCGGCGCCCUGAGUCGGAUGAGCCAGGACCAAGCCAAGCGGGAUAGCGUGGGCAGCGCUCAGGGAAGUGAUGAUGGAGCAAAAGUGGGCGUGAGCCUGACGGAUAAGCCGAUGGAUGACUGA